AAACCAUCACCAGAAAUCACAAGAGGAAAAGUGACUGUCAUAAUGUCAGAGCCAAAAGCAGCUAAUGUGGACAAAAAGAAGUCUCCAGCUCCCGGCUAUGCAGGUCGUAGAUCUAUCCCACCAAACGUCUCCAAUGCCGAUGAAGAUGAAGUUCCCAUCAGGGAUACUUUUGGUCUCAUCCCAAGGGGUGUUGACACGACAGAUUAUCUGACAGUUGACAAUGUCGAGCUGUUCAAGCAACAACAUGAGAAAAAUAAGAAAGAGCAUCACACUGAUAGAUUCUUCAACAACAAACUGAUCGUGCGCCGUGGACAGACUUUUGACAUUAAGAUCGACUUUAACCGUCCAUAUGAUCCAGAAAAAGACCAGUUUUGGGUGGAAUAUGUUAUAGGUCGCUACCCACAACAAAGCAAAGGAACAUACAUACCAAUCCCUAUCGUGGAAAACCUAGAAGUCGGAAAAUGGGGAGCAAAAGUUAUUCUUGAGGAAGACAACUCUAUUACUUUGUCUAUAUUAUCAGCACCUGACUGCAUCAUAGGCAAAUUCCGCAUGUAUAUUGCUGUAUUAACUUCUUAUGAGAUACGGAGGACACCUAGAAACUCUAACACAGACACAUACAUUCUCUUCAAUCCUUGGUGCAAAGAAGAUGCUGUUUACAUGGAUGACGAGAGGGAAAUAGAAGAAUAUGUCAUGAAUGAUGUUGGUGUCAUUUUUAAUGGAGAAAUUAGCAAUAUUAAGAAAAGAAGCUGGGAGUAUGGACAGUUUGAAGAGAGGAUACUUGAUGCUUGCCUUUUUUUAAUGGAUAAAGCUGAACUUGAUCUCUCUGGAAGAGGCAACCCGGUCAAGAUCAGCCGUGUUGGAUCUGCAAUGAUAAAUGCCAAAGAUGACAAUGGUGUGAUUGUCGGAAGCUGGGGUAAGGAUUAUUCCUUUGGAGUAUCUCCAUCUGCCUGGACUGGAAGUGUGGAAAUCCUGCUAGAAUACUUCAGCUCCGGAUUACCAGUGAAAUAUGGACAGUGUUGGGUCUUUGCUGGUGUAUUUACUACAUUUCUGCGAUGUCUUGGAAUUCCUGCACGACUUGUUACCAAUUAUUUUUCUGCCCAUGACAAUGAUGCCAAUCUACAAACUGAUUUCUUUCUGGAUGACGAUGAUACAAUUAACACCACACUCACUAAGGACUCCAUCUGGAACUAUCACUGCUGGAAUGAAGCCUGGAUGAGCCGACCAGACCUUCCAGUUGGCUUUGGAGGAUGGCAGGCAGUAGAUGCCACACCUCAGGAGACCAGCGAUGGUAUGUACAGAUGUGGACCUGCAUCUGUUCAAGCCAUUAAGCAUGGUCAUGUCUGCUUCCAGUUUGAUACACCCUUCCUAUUCUCUGAGGUAAACAGUGACAUUGUUUAUUACAAUGUAAAGAGAGAUGGAUCAAAAGUCAUUCGGAAUGUUGAUAAAACACACGUGGGACAAAAAAUAUUAACGAAAGAAAUAGGAGAAGAUGGACGACAUGAUAUAACUGACCUUUACAAGUUUUCAGAAGGUACUGAGGAAGAGAGACUGGCGCUCGAGGCUGCUCUUAUGUAUGGUGUCAAAAAGGAAAUCCGAGAAGAGGAACAGCUACCGUCUUCGAUUGACACUACAAUGGAAUUUCAGGAAGAUAAUGCAGUAUUUGGCAGUGACUUCAAAGUCACUUUAACAUUCAAGAACCAAAGCUCAAAUCUUUAUACAGUGUCAGCCUUUCUAACUGGACACGUUGUAUUUUAUACUGGGGUACUGAAAGCGGAGUUCAAAAACAAGAAACUAGAAGUUAAUUUGGAUCCACUAUCCACUAAAACGGCAGAAGUUCAAAUAAAAGCCAGUGAGUACAUGAGCCAUCUUGUGGAACAAGCCUCUCUACAUUUUUUUGUCACUGCUCGGGUCAAUGAAACAAAGAAGAUAAUGGCCAAACAGAAGAUUGUUGUAUUGCAUGUUCCUGAGUUGUCUAUUAAGACAAUUGGGGAGAAGAUGGUUGGAAAGGAAAUGACUGUCGUAGUGGAGUUCACUAAUCCGCUGAAGAAGAAACUUGAGAAUGUUAUCCUGCGAAUGGGUGGACCAGGUGUUAUGAAAACCAAAACUCAAAUUUUCAGAGAAAUCCCUGGAAACAAGACGGUGAGAUGGGAAGAAAAGUGCACCCCAAGCAGAGCAGGUUCAAGGAAAGUGAUAGCAACUCUCGACUCUGAGACCCUUCGACAUGUGUAUGGAGAGCUGAACAUAGAAAUCUUGAGUGCAGACUAUUAGUGAAGCAGUUCUGCAAUUAGAGUUUUACGGACAAGCUCAUUACUAGUAUUAUAAUUACCAGAACACAUUUAUAUACAAUUGCGGGGUCUGCAAUACUUAAUGAAGUAUGAAUAAAUAAUAUUAGACAUUUAUAUUAUGGAGCAUUAUUGAAGUGGUAAGCUGUUCCGCUAACUCUCAUUACUAUAAAAAAAAAAAAAAAACUUCCAAUAUUUUUCAAACUGACACAUAUGCAGUUCUGGUAGUAAGUAUGAUGGAGCGAGGUACUGGGGGCAUGGUCAUGUGCCACUGCAAAUGGCGGAAAUCUCUGUACAUGUGCAGGGGUCACAGCUGCACUAUUUUGGAGGUGUGGCUGCCCAUCAGAGAGGCAUGAGGCAGGCAUCAUCGGCAGAGGGAGGCCUCUCUGGUUAGUCUGUGUCCACAGGCUAGUGCAGGCCAUGUAUACAGGAACCCUCCAUAGGGAUGUAGUUAUGUAACCGGCGGUCAGAACACCGCCGGUCACAAUACUGGUCCCCACAUCUCGCCUCCUCACAAUCCCUACAGUCGGCAUGCCGACUAACAGGGACUAUUUCAUGACACCCGUAGAGUGGGAAUAGAACCUACCCCCUCCCCAUCCCCCCUGCCGGGUUCCCGGCGUUGGUAUGGUGACCGGCGGUCAUGCAUUACCAACCCCCCUCCAUACUGCUGUGUUUUCAACCUUGUACACAAGUCUAUUAAAAUAAGUAAAAAUUCCUAAAACAUUCUGAAUACAUUUGGUAGCAUUGCUUAGCAAUCUGUUUACACUGACAAGAAGCAUGGACACAAAGCACAAAUCUGGAAAAAGUCCUAUUUUAAGCAUUACUCUGUAAACAGUUAAAUCACAUUUUUUCUAAAAUUACUUUUGUAGGAAAAAUCUGCCACAUAGAAUUCUUCCAUAUAAUGAAUCACAUGGAAGUCACAGUGAGUUCAGAAAUACCGUGUAGCUCAUUGUUUCAUUUAGGACUUGUAAAGUCAUAGUACGUGAGAACAGAUAAAUAUACAGCACAUGAGACUCCUUACUCACUGGAAAGGAAGCCACAAAUUAUACACCUCUCACUCUUCUCUAAGUCAUGUAGAAAUGGGAACACAAUACAGUACAUGUCCCUCAUGCAACAACCUCGUGGAUGCCAAUAUACUAGUACCUGGCAGAGGAUCCGCUUUCUGUAAAUCAGUGAAUUUCUAAUUAAUAAUUUUUCAGAUAGUCUCCAAAUAUUUUUCUGAAAACAUUGAUGUAAUCCCAGCACUUUUUAUAUGCAUGCGUUAGUGACAGUGCUCUGGGUUUUAAUUGGAAAUAUUAACUUUUUCAUUAGCUUUUAACUAUUUCAUUUGCUUUUUAAUAGC